CCUUUCCCCGCCGCGCCCCGGCGCUCGCCAUUGGCGCGGGCGGCCGUGACGCGCGGCGCGGCCGCUGCCUCUUAGUGUGGGAGGCGGAGGCAGGGCCCGGCAGAGCCGCGCUGAGCCCGGCCGCGCAGCGUUGCGUCCCGCGGCCGAGGGAGCGCCCAGGGCAGCGCCGCGUCGCUCCCGCCCGCCGCGGAGGAGCCGGGGCGCCCCGCGGGCAGCAGCGCCCCUGGCGCGGGCGGGAGGAGCGCGGAGGAGCAGCUGCAUCGGCGGCCACCGGGGGGACCGGAGCAAAGUUGGUGCGAGCGGCGGCGGGGCCGCCCGGGAGCGGGACUGCAGGGAGCCGCUGGCUCGGCUCGGCCCGGCCGCCGCGGAUGUGCCCCCGCCGGGCCGGGAAGGACGGAGCGGAGCGCUGGCAGCGGAGAUCGGGCGGCUGGCUGCGCUUCACCCUCGCCGGGCUGCUGCACUCGGAGGAUUUGUGGAUUGACUCUCGCUCCUGACCCACCGCCUCUGCCGGAUUCCUGGGGUUUUGUUGCUGGAUUUUUCUUUUUUUUUUUUUUUUUCUGUUUAUCUUUUUUUUUUUUCUUAUUUUUUUUAAUUUUUCUCUCCCCGUUCCUCGGGGAAGAAACUGCCUGCCGGCCCCGCUCGGGCUCCCAGCUGCAGUCGUGGCAGUGCCGUGGAGGCUGGGACCCCCCCACAAGCCAAGGUGAGCGCUGGCAUUGAUCCGACACAGCGUCACCCCUUUCCCCCCCGGAAAGGUGCGUCGGGCCGGUAACCAAAGAGCGGGCACACGUUCAAAAAAAACACCAAAGAUCGUCCUGCAUCUAGAAGCGUACAAAAUAUCCUGAUAGUGGGACUCGCAUUUAGGAUCUGUUAGUUCUCUUGCUCAUGCCACUGCCCCAUGGUUGCCUCAAUGGCAGGAUCAUGAAGUGUUUGACUUUUUUUCUUCUGCUUCCAGAGACCUUAAAGAAGUCCAAAAAGAGUGUGAGGUCAAACGGCAAGGUGCCAGGAUGCUAUGAGAUAGUGCCCCUGUCCCUGAAGAAGAAGAUGGCUGCAGAACUUUACCCUGCCAGCACCAACACUAACAUUGCAAACAGCAACGCCGCCGCCGCCACCGCUGCCAACAGCAAGAAGAACGCCCUGCAGCUCCAGCAGAGCGCCCAGCCGCCCCCGCCGCCCCAGCUCCAAAACCUCAACAACAACAACUUGGAGAGCGCCAACUGGCAAUCCUUCCAUCCCACGCUGCGGGAGAGGAACGCGCUGAUGUUCAAUAACGAACUCAUGGCUGACGUUCACUUCAUCGUGGGCCCGCCAGGGGCAUCCAAGAAAGUUCCUGCCCAUAAGUAUGUUUUGGCAGUUGGUAGCUCUGUCUUCUAUGCUAUGUUUUAUGGCGAUCUCGCAGAGGUCAAAUCUGAAAUCCAUAUACCAGAUGUGGAACCUGCAGCCUUUCUAAUCCUAUUAAAAUACAUGUACAGUGAUGAAAUAGACCUGGAAGCUGACACAGUUCUGGCUACCCUCUAUGCUGCCAAGAAGUACAUCGUGCCGGCCCUGGCAAAGGCUUGUGUAAAUUUUUUGGAGACCAGCUUAGAAGCGAAGAACGCCUGUGUCCUGCUGUCUCAGAGCAGGCUCUUCGAGGAGCCAGAGCUGACGCAGCGCUGCUGGGAAGUGAUUGAUGCUCAGGCAGAAAUGGCACUGAAGUCAGAGGGGUUCUGUGAGAUAGAUCAACAAACGCUAGAGAUCAUUGUAACCCGGGAAGCACUCAACACCAAGGAAGUGGUAGUUUUCGAGGCUGUUCUCAACUGGGCAGAGGCCGAAUGCAAAAGGCAAGGGCUGCCGGUUACGCCACGCAACAAGAGGAAUGUAUUAGGGAAAGCUUUGUACUUGGUGCGGAUUCCAACCAUGACUUUGGAAGAGUUUGCCAACGGAGCUGCCCAGUCCGACAUCCUCACCCUUGAGGAGACUCACAACAUCUUCCUAUGGUACACGGCCGCAAAUAAACCCAAAUUAGAGUUCCCCCUGACGAAAAGAAAAGGACUCGUGCCUCAGCGCUGCCAUCGGUUCCAGUCGUCUGCGUAUCGCAGCAAUCAGUGGAGGUACCGGGGGCGAUGUGACAGUAUUCAGUUUGCCGUAGACAAACGGAUAUUUAUAGCGGGACUGGGAUUGUAUGGGUCGAGCUGUGGCAAAGCUGAAUACAGCGUCAAAAUCGAACUGAAGCGUUUAGGUGUUGUCCUUGCUCAAAAUCUGACAAAGUUCACCUCUGACGGCUCCAGUAACACCUUCUCUGUGUGGUUUGAACACCCUGUGCAGGUUGAGCAAGACACGUUUUACAAUGUAAGUGCUAUUCUUGAUGGUAACGAACUCAGUUACUUUGGACAAGAGGGAAUGACUGAAGUGCAGUGCGGUAAAGUGACAUUCCAGUUCCAGUGCUCCUCGGACAGUACUAAUGGAACAGGAGUACAAGGAGGACAAAUACCUGAGCUCAUUUUCUAUGCAUGAUGCAUUUCACCUUGAUUGUGUAUUCCAGUGCUGCAAUGAUGCACAUUAAGGGAUUUUUUCGGUUUUACUAUGAAUUCUGCAGCAGCAUGGAAUGUUAUGCUACUUACCUAUCUGCUACAUCAGGCUAUACAAAUUAAGUGAAGGAAUGCUCUUGAAUUUAAUCUUAUUUUAUUUAUUCAUAAGCUAUUUGACUUAAUUAUUAAGACUGCAACAUGCAGAAAAAUGUUAGAUUUUGCACGUACUGUGCAUUUAUUUUGUAUAUAGAUAACUAACUUGCAGACUGCAGCUGACUCAAACAGAGUGUUCUAAACUAGAGCAGUUCAUGGAUCUGUGAAAUAUAAAACAUUUUUACUUGCCCUAAAUCCUGUGUACUUGAUCUUUGCUGACCUUACGGCUCGUGUGUGUGUUAAUUCAUGUACAGCUAACAGGGGUGAUGACACUGUAGUCUGGUCCCUGUGUGUAUCCACACCCAGCAAAGAGGAAGGUUGCCUCUCUUGGUAACUGAAACUGUC